UGCGGGCGCCGGCGGGCGUGCGCGCGUUGCAAGCUGCUCUAGGACGUCCUUGGGUCUUUACGUGUUUUCUGCACCUCCGACUUCACUCCCCGACAUGAAGGCGCUGAGCCCGGUGCGCGGCUGCUACGAGGCUGUGUGCUGCCUGUCAGAACGCAGUCUAGCCAUCGCGCGGGGCCGCAGCAAGGGCCCGGUGGCCGAGGAGCCGCUGAGCCUGCUGGACGACAUGAACCACUGCUACUCGCGCUUGCGGGAACUGGUGCCCGGAGUCCCGCGAGGCACUCAGCUUAGCCAGGUGGAAAUCCUGCAGCGUGUCAUUGACUACAUUCUCGACUUGCAGGUGGUCCUGGCCGAGCCGGCCCCUGGCCCCCCAGACGGCCCGCAUCUCCCCAUCCAGACAGCCGAACUCGCUCCGGAACUUGUGAUCUCCAACGACCAGAGGAGCUUCUGCCACUGACCUGGCCGUCCUGACACCUCCCG